AUGAACAGUGGGCUUGAUAGCGGGAUCGAGAGUGGGAGCGAGAGUGGGAGCGAUAGUGGGGUUGAGAGUGGGGUUGAGAGUGGGUUUGAGCGUGGGUUUGAGAGCGGGAGUGAGGGAGCGAGUGGAAAAGGUGCAGGGAGUGGCAACGGGGCAGCGGUGGUGGCAGUGGCAGCAGGCAAGGUGGAGGAGGUGGAGCUGCAUGAGGAGGCGGUGCAGUCAUAUGUGUCAUAUGCCAUGUCCGUUAUAGUGGGUCGUGCCCUGCCAGACGCCAGGGACGGGUUGAAGCCAGUGCACCGGCGCAUUCUCUACGCCAUGCAUGAGCUGGGCCUGACGUCAUCCAAGCCGUUCCGCAAGUCUGCUAGAGUCGUGGGAGAGGUGCUAGGGCGUUUCCACCCACACGGCGACACAGCAGUCUACGAUGCUCUAGUGCGCAUGGCGCAGGACUUCUCUUUGCGUGCCCCACUCGUGCACGGGCACGGCAACUUUGGGUCCGUGGAUGCUGACCCUGCUGCUGCCAUGCGCUACACCGAGUGCAGACUGCAGCCCCUCACGGAGAAAAUGCUUUUGGAAGACAUCCGCAGCGACACGGUUGACUUUGCGCCCAACUUCGAUGCAUCAACCAACGAGCCAACAGUGCUUCCAGCUCGCAUCCCCGUGCUUCUACUCAACGGCUCUCAAGGCAUUGCGGUGGGCAUGGCCACCAACAUCCCGCCUCACAAUCUGAGUGAGCUCGUGGACGCGCUCUCAGCGUUCAUUGACAACCCUGCCAUCACCACGGAAGCUCUCAUGCAGAUCUGUCAGGGCCCGGACUUUCCCACCGGAGGGGUCAUUCUCGGCACAUCAGGCAUGGAAGAGGCGUAUCGCACGGGGAGGGGAUCAAUAGUGGUGCGGGGGAGGGCAUAUGUGGAGGAGCUGGGAGGAGGUGGAGCGGGGAGCAGAGGGAAUCGGAUUGGCAUUGUCAUUACAGAGGGGUGGAUAGUGGUGCGGGGGAGGGCAUAUGUGGAGGAGCUGGGCGGAGGGGGGGCAGGAAGCAGAGGCAACCGGCUGGGGAUUGUCAUCACUGAGCUCCCGUAUCAAACAAACAAGGCCGCGCUAGUCGAGAAGAUGGCAGAGCUGGUCAAUAGCAAGGUGGUGGAGGGGGUGAGUGACAUCCGGGACGAGAGCGACCGGGGGGGCAUGCGCGUGGUGGUGGAGGUGAAGCGCGGCGCCACCCCCAUGGCCGUGCUGGCGUCGCUGUACAAGCACACGCAGCUGCAGUCGCGUUUCAACUGCAACCUGGUGGGCCUGGUCAAUGGCGAGCCCAAGGAGAUGACUCUCAGAGACUUUUUUCAAGUCUUUCUGGACUUCCGCUGCCAGGUCAUCGAACGCCGAACCAGGUUCCAGCUUCGGAAGGCCGAGGAUCGGGAGCAUUACGUGCAGGGUCUGCUGAUUGGUCUGGGAAGCCUGGAUCGAAUGGUGGAGAUCCUCAGGGCUGCCGCCACUCCCGCUGAUGCGGCUGCCACCCUCCAGCAAGCCCUCGGCUUAUCCCCCAUACAGGCUGAUGCACUUCUCAGUACACCACUCCGGCGGCUCACUUCCCUUGAAGUGUCUAAACUGGAGGAGGAGCACGCGCGUCUGAAGGCAGACAUAGCAGACCUGCAAGGGCUGCUGGCGAGCAGAAAGAGGAUUCUGCAAACUGUGAAGCGAGAGGCCCAGGCGCUCAAGGACGAGUUUGGGGGGCCGAGGAGGACGAGGAUAGAGGCGGAUGGGAGUGCAGGGGACUUGGAUCCUUCUGACGUCAUCCCCAAUGACACCGUGCUGCUGCCCGUUCUGGAAGGGACUGCAGCACUGCCUCCUCCCUUCAAUCCCUCCACUCCCUCCGUUUCCCACUCCUCCCCUCAUCAGAUCGUGCCUCUGCAGGACUCAGAGCGCAUCACCUCGAUGCUGCCAGUGGGUGAUUUCUCAGAAGACGCCUAUCUCGUCAUGAUGACGCGAGGGGGCUUCAUCAAGCGCACUGCGCUGCAUGCAUUCAGUGACACUCGCAAGAGCGGUCUGAUCGCCAUUCAGCUGGGCGACGGCGAUGAGCUGGCGUGGGUGCGGAGGGCAACAGCUGGCGACUCCCUAUUGGUCGGCUCGCAGUUUGGCAACAUCGUUCGCUUCGCGUGUGACGACGACCAGCUGAGGCAGAGUGGGCGCACGGCGAGGGGAGUGAGGGCCAUGCGACUCAGGGAGGGCGACAUCGUCGCUGCCUUGGAGAUCGUGCCAGCUGUCGCCUCUGAGUCCAAGGAUGGGGGCCCGUGGGUGGUGAUGGCCACUCGCAACGGGAUGGGAAAACGUGUUCCCACGAACCUGUUUGCCAACCAGCGGAGGGGAGGCGUGGGCGUGAAAGGCAUCAAGUUGGGCGAGGGGGAUGCACUGGUGGCGCUGCGUCUGGUGGGGGAGGGCACUGCUGACAGAGACGGCACUGACACUGCAAAUGGGGAACUACUAGUUGGCAGCGACGGGGGUAUUAUCAACCGGCUGCGAGUGCGAGACAUCCCCAUCCUCUCCCGCACCACCCGGGGGUGUCGCCUCAUGCGCAUCGCCCCUGGGGAUAGCCUGGCGUCGCUGUCGCUCGUGCCGGGUGCUGCUGAGGGGGAGGAGGAUGACGAUGGGGAUGGGAUGCCGUUAGUGGUGCCGGAAGGAGGGGUGAGUGAUGAGGAGGGAGGAGAGAGUGAGGAGGAAAAGGUGGAGGGAGGGAGCAGAGUAAAGGCGAAAGCAGAGCAAUAG